CUUAUCUUGUGUUCUGUUAGCAAAUGAAAGUCAAGUCCACUCUCAUCAUCUUCAUCCAUCGACUGUGUUAACAUUGAGCUUGCAAAAGAAAGCUUUUGAGAUGAACAGCGAUCAUAUUAUGCUGAACGAGAAUCUGAUUGAGAAGAAUCAUGAUAUCCGAAACCAGAAGCUGGGGGUCUUUGAUAUUCUCAAAGAAGCUCUAAUAAUCACUUUCAAGAACUUCAACUUCAUCAUCAUCAUCUUGCUGACUUCACUCCCUCUUUUUGGCUUCAUGGUUUACUAUGAAAGUUUCCUUCAAGGGACUCUGGUUGAAACCUAUGAUAUGCUAAAGCAAAGUCCUGGUUACUCAGGUUGGCCUGUACCUAACUUCAUAUACAACAAGAUGACCAAACAUGUAUUUUAUGAAUUGCUUCAACUUGGUUUCCUUUAUCUGGUGCCACUUCAUCUCCUUGAGCUUUGCACUGUGAUUGUGACUGUUGAUUUGUCAUCAAAGAUACAUGCACAAGAGAGACCAAUGACUCUCAAGGAGAUGAUACAUAAACCCAUUUGUGGAGCAAGAUUGAGAGGCACUUUUAUCACAUCCAUAUAUGUUCUCUACAUAUCAACUUGUACUUCACUUGGAUUGAUAUGGUUAGUCACAUAUUAUUUUAUUUUGGAAAAUUCUAUUAUUGAAGUGUUCUUUGCAGGGUUUUAUGGGACUGUUUUUCUAGUACUACUAGAAAAAUACUUAGAAUGGAGUGCUAUGUGGAAUAUGAGUAUUGUUAUUUCAGUGUGGGAGGGGAUAUAUGGGGGUGAAGCAUUGGCUCUUUCUGCUUAUUUUUGUAAAGGUAGUAAGGGGCGUGGAGUGCUUUUAAUGUUUGUUUUCUUUGUUUGGGGACUGGGUUUAAGGUUGCCAUGCCUCUUAUUUGGAUGCUAUGAAGGAGGAAUAGGAAUUGUUGCACAAAUUAGCUUGUUCUGCUUGGGGAAUGUGCUGAAAUGGGUAGUCUGCAUGGUAUAUUUCUAUGAUUGCAAGAAGCGAACUUUAGAGAAGAAAUUCGGUGAGGAAGUAGAACGAGAUGUUGAACUUGCUGCAUAACUGGGAAAUGGUUUUUUUCAUUUACAAUGUAGGGAGUCAAUUUUGCAACUGUGAAUGUAUUAUGAUAAGCUUUUGCGUUCCUAAUUUAUGUAUUUCUAAUAUCACUCCCGUUCCUCAGAAAAUUUUAUGUAGAUCCAGUUAAUGUCAAUGGAAAAAAUACUCUGCUGUUGUUUA